GCGUCGAGCUUCCACUUCCGAGGCUAGGUGCGUUUGACUGUGGGCUGUGGGAUACAAGAUUCUUGACUGGUAGAACGUUCUUGCACCUGGCUCUCGAGUGCAAAGGAGGCGUAGCGAAGAUGGGACAGUGGUGCGCCAGCUACCUCGCCAAAUUCACAUCUACUUCUCAGACACUGGAGGUGGACACCGCGCAUCUGCACUUGCAUUGGAGGCUGCUCUUUUGAAGCAAUAUGGCAACCAGGUGUCUGUAGACCUGAUUGAUUUCAUCCGCGACGCUAUGCCCUGGCCAUUGUCGCAGGCACCAGAGACCUACCAGACUUUGGGCCACUUUCCGUCUGUUUACAAGCGGGCUUGGGACUACGAUCAAGAUAGUGACGAGUGGAGAGCCACAACAAGCUACCAAAUGAUGUGGCGCUACAGCAAGGAGCACAUCCUGAAGUACCUCCAGCCACGGGUCUAUGAAUUAGAUCUGAUCAUCUCAGUGCACCCAUUGAUUCACCAUUUGGUCAUCGAAGCCCUGGAGGAGAUGGCCAAAGGUUGUGAAGCCACACGUGAGGAAAUGGGUUUGCCAGUGGUGACGGUGGUCACAGACUUGGGAUCAGCACAUUUGUCAUGGUUUGACCCACGCAUUGACCUGCUUUUCGUGCCCAGCCAGGAGAUCUACCAGCUUGCUGUGAAGCACCACGUCCCCAAAUGGAAGAUCAAUUUGUCCGGUCUACCUCUUCGAGAAGGAUUCUGGACGGCUGAUCCGAUCUCCCCUGAACAGAAGCGUCUCCUCCAGGUACAGUUGGGCCUCAGGCCCACAGAGCGGCCAGAGGUAGUGCUUCUUAUGGGAGGAGGCGAAGGAUUUGGCAGGCUCACAGAUGUUGCAUGCGCAAUUGGUGACAUGCUGGUCGGCUUGGGAUUUGGACAGCUGGUAGUGGUAUGUGGUCGAAAUGAAGAGGUCCGGAAAUCUCUGUCUGAGAGACGAUGGAUGUCUCGACAACUUGGGGAGUGGCUGUUUCAGCCCCUUAUCCUUGGCUUUGUGAAGAACAUAGACCAGUACAUGACCGCCGCUGAUUGUUUAGUGACAAAGGCCGGGCCAGGAUCAAUUGCUGAAGCCAUGAUCAAAGGCUUGCCAUGCCUUCUCACUGCCUUCGUUCCCGGACAAGAGGAAGGCAACAUUAGCUACGUCACAGACAAUGGAGCGGGUGCUUACAUAGCCGAUGAGGAGCCAGACCAGAUUGCAGCAAAAAUCCAAGAAUGGCUCUCAGACCCUGAAGUCGUGCAGACCAUGUCUGCCAACGCGCGACGCUUGGCAAAGCCAGAUGGAGCGCUGCAGAUCAGUCGUAGGAUUUGCGACGGCCUCCUUGACCUUGGAACUGAGCUGGAGGAGGUGAAAGCAACCCGCAUGACGCGACGUGAACAGCUGCUUCAACGCAAGGAGCAGAGACGACAAGUGAAGAUUGAAGCCGAUGAGAAACUCCAGGCUUGCGACGUGAGUGGGGAUGCUGACUCGGCGUGAAGAAAACAGCGCCGCGUUUGCCAGCGCAGCACUUUGUACUUGUUAGCUUGCUUCAAAGCCGCGUGACAACAGGCGUGGGAAGGUUCAAGACUGUGCUGAUUUGAAAACAAUGAUUGCCAAAGAGCGAUCAAAGCAGCGCCAUCAUCGAU